AAAUCGUCCUUCUUCUACUUCCUUAGGGACUAUGCUUUUUCUCUCUCUAAAUUUUAGCUAAGGACUGUCCUUUUCUCUCUCUAAAAAACUUCAGCUACUUCCAUGGCUUCUUCCACCACCAAAAUUUCUCCAAACUUUUCACCACUUUAACAAAACCCAUUAUCUUCAUUCACCUACAAUGGCUGAGUUUUCAAUCCCUGUUUUUUUGUUAGCAAUAUUUACACUACUGAGUUAUUCUCGAGUUAACUCGGAGCCAACUCAAGAAAAGCAAGCUCUCCUUGCUUUUCUCUCUCAAACUCCACACGAAAAUCGUCUUCAAUGGAAUUCUUCAACUUCAGUUUGCAAUUGGGUCGGCGUCGAAUGCGACCCGACCCAAUCGUUUGUAUAUUCUCUCCGGCUUCCUGGUGUUGGACUAGUAGGUCAAAUUCCAGUCAACACACUCGGCCGGUUGAGUCAACUCCGAGUUUUGAGUCUCCGGUCUAACCGACUCACCGGUUCAAUUCCUUCUGAUGUGUUUUCAAAUCUCAAGUUUUUACGUAGUCUUUAUCUUCAGGAUAACCGGUUUUCCGGUGAAUUCCCACCGAGUUUGACCCGGCUGACUCGGUUAACUCGGCUCGACAUAUCGUCGAAUAAUUUUACUGGACCUAUUCCGUUUUCCAUUAACAAUCUUACCCGUUUAACUGGACUUUUUUUGCAAAAUAAUGGUUUUAAUGGUACUCUUCCGAGUAUUAGUUUGUCUAACAAUGGUCUUGUUGAUUUUAAUGUAGCAAAUAAUCAUCUCAAUGGGUCAAUUCCGAGUAGUUUGUCGAAAUUCCCAGCUUCAUCUUUUACUGGUAAUGUUGAUUUAUGUGGCGUUCCAUUGCUGCCUUGUACCCCAUUUUUCCUAUCACCAUCGUCAUCGCCAUCACCAGUAUUGAUUCCAUCAGUUAAGAAAUCGAAAAAGCUCUCUACAGCAGCCAUUGUAGGAAUAUCAAUCGGUUCAGUAGUUUUGCUUCUCAUAUUGUUGCUAAUACUUUAUAUUUGUUUGAGAAAAAGUAAGAAGAGAGUAAAAGAACCAAAGGCAAAGCCAGUGGCAACAACUGCUACAGCUGUGGCUGGAGGAGAAGCAGGGACAUCGUCGUCGAAGGAAUAUGAUGUAAUGGAAGGAGAAAGGAAUAAGAAGCUAGUGUUCGUCGAUGGUGGAAUGUAUAGUACAUUUGAUUUGGAGGAUUUGUUGAGGGCAUCUGCGGAGGUAUUAGGGAAAGGAAGUGUAGGAACGAGUUACAAGGCGGUUCUUGAGGUUGGUACUACAGUGGUAGUGAAGAGGCUUAAAGAUGUGGUGGCGACGAGGAAGGAGUUUGAACAACAAAUGGAGGUUUUGGGAAAUAUGAAGCAUGAAAAUGUGCUCCCGCUCAGAGCUUUUUACUACUCAAAAGAUGAGAAAUUGUUGGUCUCUGAUUACAUGCCUGCUGGAAGUUUAUCUGCUCUUCUUCAUGGUAGCAGAGGAUCAGGCCGAACACCAUUAGACUGGGAUAGUCGAAUGAGAAUAGUGUCAAGUGCAGCACGGGGCCUCGCGUACCUCCAUGUUUCAGGAAACAUUGCUCAUGGAAACAUAAAGGCUUCCAACGUUCUUCUCCGACAAGACAACCAAGAUGCUUGUGUCUCAGACUAUGGAUUGAACCCACUAUUCUCCAACUCGACACCACUCAAUCAUCGUGUUGCUGGCUACCGUGCACCCGAGGUUGUGGAAACCCGAAAGGUCACAUUUAAAUCCGACGUAUAUAGCUUCGGAGUGUUGAUAUUAGAGCUCUUAACGGGGAAAUCACCAAAUCAAGCUUCACUAGGUGAAGAAGGCAUUGAUUUGCCGAGAUGGGUCCAAAGCGUCGUUAGGGAAGAAUGGACAGCCGAGGUGUUUGAUGUCGAGCUAAUGAGGUACCAUAAUGUAGAAGAAGAGAUGGUACAACUACUUCAGAUCGGAAUGGCAUGUGUUUCAAUCGUACCAGACCAGCGACCCGCCAUGCCAGAAGUUGUAAGGAUGAUUGACGAAAUGAAUAGAGGUGACACUGACUAUGGUCUCCGACAAUCUUCCGAUGAUCCAUCGAAAGGUUCCGAUAGCCAAACACCUCCUCAGGUAUCAAGAACUUCACCUUCUGGUAUUACACCUUAAAAACAAAAUAGGAAAAAAAGAAGACAAGACAACGAAAACCGGACAUUUAUUUGUGCAAAAAAUUGUUUGUUAGGGGAGUGGUUUGGUGCUAGGGGACCUAUUAUGUGUCUUUAUUUUUUUAAUUAUUUUUUCUCCAAUUUUUUAAGUAAAUUUGUGCAACAAUUUCUAUAGGAUGGUAAGUAGAAAAUGUUUGAUUAUUUUCCAUGACGUGAUUGGAAAUUGGAAUUGACUAUUGAUGGAUUAAAUUAGGUGUUUUAAUCAUCUCA